AAACAUCUGCUCCUGUGAGCCCGGCGUGUGAAUAUUAUUGUUUAGAUAAAAAUGCACGUAUCGUUUGGUGGCUUUUUUAAGUAGUUCCUUGAAUUUUACUCAUAUUACGGAUUCCCUCGUGUACGGUAUUCGUGUGUACAGUGUUAAAAGUUUAAAUUUGGUUAAUCUUCUACAUAAUGUGCCUCAUAUGGCGAUGUACCCCGGCACAUGGUGUGCUCGUUUUAUAAAUCGUGACUGGAUGAUCAAAGAUUUUGCGACCUACACACCAUUUAGAAGAGUUUCGUAAAUACCCAUUAUCGGAAACCAUGAAUUGCCUUAAAUGUAGCUGUGGCUGCGAUAGACUCAGCAAGGAAGAACUGGAACAGAUCAUCAAUUCGUCGGAUCGUGUAAAAGAUUUUCUAAAAAACGAAACAGCACGCAGUGUCUUCCGCAGACUAACCUAUCCCGAGGAGGAUGAAUCACAACCUUCCGGCUCGCGGCAACGCCCCGUGGGAAAGAGACCGAAACCCCAGGCCAUCAAGUACCUCGAACUCAUCGAAAAGUGUGAGGAGCUCAUGAAGAAGGCGGAUUUGAGCGAUGAGGCUGUCGAAGAGUUGGCAAACCAUAGAUACAUGGACAUGGAAUUGGCCGAACGGUUGGACGAAAGCACUGCCGCUAACCGCACUGAAGUGCUGGAAGCUAUCGUGCGGGAAUAUAGUAACCGCUUGUGCGAGACAGAGUGUUACGAAAAGUUUAUAAGCAAGUUAGUCAAAGCGCACGAAGGGAAGCUCAAGAUCGAAAAAUGAUGUAAUAUGUGCUUUAUUCGUGUAUACCCUUCAUACUUACGGAUAGUAUGCUUCUCUAUUUUAUUUAAACUAUGUCUCGAACUCGCAUUUUUACUUUAGUUUACCAAAGACUUUUUGAAGACUUAGCUGAACUGUAAGCAUUAAGAAGCGUUAUCCCUUGGAUGCAUCACACUGAAUCGUUUUAUUUUUUCCAUCUUUAAUAGCACUUUAAAGUACGCGCAUGUCAGUCAGUGUUUUAUAUACUUAAAUUAUUAUCCAUCCAAUGUACCAGUAAUGUGUCUUAACUGUCGUUUUAGAGCCGAACUUAAAAUUGAGUUUCUGUAUUAACGUUUUAGAACUUCGCAUCUCUUCCAGAAGAAGAAGAUACUUGGGCAGCUUACAAUUAUUUUUAUUAAUAAAUAAAUGAAUAUACGUUUAAAUUUUAA